AUGUUCGCCAAGUUUACCUCUUUUGCUACCCUCGCCCUCCUUGCGGUCGCCACUCCCGCGAUGAGCCAGUGCGACACUGGCUCCCUGCAGUGCUGCAACAGUGUGCAGAAAGCCGAUUCUUCCUCGAUCGCCGGCCUCCUCAGCUUGCUUGGUGUCGUUGUCCAAGACGUCAAUGUCCUCGUCGGUGUUACCUGCUCCCCGAUCACCGUUAUCGGUGCGGGAGACUCGGGCUGCAGUGCCAACCCAGUCUGCUGCGAAGACAAUAGCUUUGGCGGUCUUAUCUCGCUUGGCUGUGUACCAGUCAACCUCAGUCUGUAAAUUGGUUACUCAACACGGUCCGCUGAUCCCCGGACAUUGGAACUCUCGUGAUUAGGAUGUGUAUGCAGGGUGGUACCUAAGGUGCUAUGUCAAUUACUUGUGCUUUCGGACACCACUUUGCUUGUGCCCGGUUAUGGGAUAUGUACUAUGGAUUGAAUUCUCGUUUGACUGAUAGUGAUAUUCACUCGUUUGUAACAUUCUGUACUUGGUUUGCUUGGAUCUGUUUUGUAUGGCUUGUAUGGAUUUUGG